AUGCCAGGGAAGCCCAAGCACCUGGGCGUCCCCAACGGACGCAUGGUUCUGGCUGUUUCAGAUGGAGAGCUGAGUAGCGUAGCAGGGCCUCAGGACGAGGGCCGUGGCAGCUCCCUCAGCAUCCACAGUCUUCCUAGCAGUUCCUUCCCCACCGAGGAGCAGCCUGUGGCCGGCUGGGCCCUGUCCUUUGAGCGGCUGCUGCAGGACCCACUGGGCCUGGCUUAUUUCACUGAAUUUCUGAAGAAGGAGUUCAGCGCCGAGAACGUGACUUUCUGGAAGGCCUGUGAACGCUUCCAGCAGAUCCCUGCCAGCGACACCCAGCAGCUAGCUCAUGAGGCCCGCAACAUCUAUCAGGAGUUCCUUUCCAGCCAGGCGCUGAGUCCCGUGAAUAUCGACCGUCAGGCCUGGCUUGGCGAGGAAGUGCUGGCGCAGCCCAGGCCAGACAUGUUUCGGGUGCCGCAGCUUCAGAUUUUCAACUUGAUGAAGUUCGACAGCUACGCGCGCUUUGUCAAGUCACCACUAUAUCGCGAGUGCCUACUAGCGGAGAGCGAGGGGCGCCCCCUGAGGGAGCCUGGCUCCUCACGCCUCGGCAGCCCAGACGCUACGAGGAAGAAGCCAAAAUUGAAACCCGGGAAGUCGCUGCCACUAGGCGUGGAGGAGCUGGGGCAACUGCCGCCUUCUGAGGGUUCUGGGGGUCGCCCACUUCGCAAGUCCUUCCGCAGGGAGCUGGCAGGCGGGACCGCAAACUUGCGCCGAGAGUCUCAGGGGUCCUUAAAUUCCUCCGCCAGUCUGGACCUAGGCUUCCUCGCUUUUGUCAGCAGCAAAUCUGAGAGUCACCGGAAGAGCCUUGGGAGUGCAGAGGGUGAGAGUGAAAGCCGGCCAGGGAAGUACUGCUGCGUGUACUUGCCUGAUGGCACAGCCUCUUUGACCAUGGCCCGACCUGGCCUCACCAUCCGAGAUAUGCUGGCAGGCAUCUGUGAGAAACGCGGUCUCUCUCUACCUGACAUCAAGGUCUACCUAGUCGGCAAAGAGCAGAAAGCCCUGGUUCUGGAUCAGGACUGCGCCGUGCUGGCGGACCAGGAAGUGCGACUGGAAAACAGGAUCACUUUUGAGCUGGAGUUGGCGGCGCUGGAGCGUGUGGUGCGGAUCUCUGCCAAGUCCACCAAGAGGCUUCAGGAAGCGUUGCAGCCCAUCCUGGCGAAACAUGGCCUCAGCCUGCAGCAGGUGGCGCUGCACCGGCCAGGCGAGAAGCAACCGCUGGAUCUGGAGAAGCUUGUGAGCUCGGUGGCGGCCCAGAGACUGGUUUUGGACACUCUCCCAGGUACUAAGAUCACCGACGCCGAUGACUUAUCUCCCCACCGCUGCCAGGGCGGCCCUCCCAGAACCCCGGAUAAGGCCGCCCAUUCCCUUCCACUACCCUCCAGCUCGCUGGUCGAGCUGCCUGGUAGUGUCGCUAGGAAGCGCCAGACUUGUGACAUUGAAGGCCUGGUAGAGCUGCUGAACCGGGUGCAGAGCAGUGGGGCCCAUGACCAGAGGGGCCUUUUGCGCAAAGAGGACCUGGUACUUCCAGAAUUUCUACAGCUGCCUACCCAUGGGCCCAGCGCCCAGGAAGCCCCACCACAAACUGAAUCAGAGGCCCCGCCCAGGGAUGGCCACUUGGACUCGGCCCUCUGA